AAUUAGGGCUAGUCAUUUCCUCUGUGAGUAACUGAUCACAUCUCUCCUCUAUAGAGUACGGCGCGUGUGUGUGCGCCAGGAGCUCACUUACUGCUCUCUCAUCUCUACAAUACACACUGGACACCUGAGGAUCACAGCAAAGAUUCAACUUAAACAAUGAGUGAGCCAUUUGACUGUGAUAGCUGUAAGGAGUCUCUCUAUGGACGAAAGUACAUCCAGAUGGAAGAGGGCCCUUACUGUAUACCGUGUUAUGACAGCCUGUUUGCCAACACAUGCAAUGAGUGCAAAGAGCUGAUUGGCCACGAUUCAAGGGAACUCUACUACGAGGAUCGUCAUUAUCAUGAGAACUGUUUCCGUUGCUUCCGAUGUGAGCGUUCUUUGGCAGAUGAGCCUUUCACGUGUCAAGAUGAGGAACUACUGUGCAAUGAUUGUUACUGCAGCGAAUUCUCCUCCAAAUGUGUCAGUUGUGACAAGACGGUCAUGCCAGGCUCUCGCAAAUUGGAAUACAAUGGACAGACCUGGCAUGAGCACUGCUUCAUCUGCAAUAGUUGCAAGCAGCCCAUUGGAUCCCGUUCUUUUAUCCCAGAAAACCAAGCCUAUUACUGCAUCCCAUGUUAUGAAAGCAAAUUUGCACCACGAUGCACACAUUGCAAAAAGGUUCUAAGCAAAGGUGGAGUGACAUACCGGGACGAACCAUGGCACAAAGAAUGUUUUGUCUGCACGGGAUGCAAGAUCCAGCUAGCUGGGACACAGUUCACCUCUCAGGAUGAAAAGCCAUACUGCAUCAAGUGCUUUGGAAAUCUAUAUGCCAAGAAGUGUUUUGGCUGCACUAAACCUAUCACAGGUUUUGGUGGAGGAAAGUAUGUCUCCUUCGAAGACCGCCACUGGCAUCACAGCUGCUUUAACUGCGCCCGUUGCUCAUCGUCGUUGGUGGGGAAAGGCUUUAUUCCAGACAAUAGUGACAUUCUGUGCCGUGACUGUAAUAGUGACCUUUAGGCUUCCAGCUCAUGGGUGAACCUCCUUUUGUCAUGGACCCAUUUAACCCUUUGAAGAAGCAAUACAAUGUAGAUGAAAAACAGCUGAAAAACAAAUCUGUAAACAGGCUUUUACACAGUAUUUUCAUGUACUUUAUAUUAAUAUUGUUGUAUUUGUAUGUGCAUCGCCUAUUUUAUUUCUCCUGGGGUUAAUAGUACAUUUUAGUUUUGUAUUGUGCCAUAAAUGAUGCUGUUAUUUCUCAGUAAGAAUGUUACCGGUAUAUUAGUUUUUUGUUUGUUUUUUCUAAUACGAAGGAAAAAAAAUAUAUAUAUAUAUUUUUUUUUUUUAGGCAUCAAUUUCUAGUGAUAAAAAUAUUUCAUGUGUCACAUUUCACGGUUAUGAAAACCCAGUCAGGCAGCUCACUAGAAACCAGAUAACACUGUGGAGCAAAAUGCCUUGAGUCACUGAAAAUACCUACUUGAUGAGUUUCACUGUCAUGAUAUGAUCAAAUCAGCCUCUUGUACAGUAUGCAAUGUUCCCAGUUACACUGGCAAUGCAAUAGAUGGUUUGUAAAUCAAUAAUGUUGCUUAUAAAAAUAGUUUUCUUCAAGAA